GCAAAUGUUGUAUACUUUGAAUCUCCGGUCGGAAUCGGAUUCAGUUAUAAAGACGACCAGAAGUACAACAAUACCGACGAAUCGACGGCUGAAGACAAUCACAAAGCGGUCGAAGAGUUUUUCAAUAAAUAUUCGGAGUUUAAGAAAAAUCCUUAUGGCGGAAUAUAUGUCCCGAUGUUAGCCCACAAGAUAUUUAGCUCCGGGUCUCUCAUUAACCUUAAAGGUAUAGCACUGGGCAAUGGAUUUCUGGAGCCGGAAGUGAUCGGUGGUCAGGGAAUGAUUGAUUAUCUAACGGCUCACGGAUUGGUCCCAACCGAGACCUACGAGAAGAAGAUCGAGAAUUGCUGUGAAUGUAAAUCAGGACAGGCUCUGCACGUACGGCCUGAAGACAUGGUAGAGUGGGUUGAGUGCCAGCAGGACAGGUAUAAUGACUUUGGUAACGAUCAGCACCAGAAUAUCAAUGAUUUAAUCCAUAAGUAUAACAUCGGGAAAGUUGUGAUAUAUAACGGCGAUCUGGACGUCGCCUGUAGUGUAGUCUCUGAUCAACGGUUUGUCGAUAGUCUUGGCCUUAAAAGGAUUGAUAAUGUGUGGAAGAGAGCGGACGGAAAGAUUGCGGGUUAUGUCCAGCACUACGAGAAUAACGUGACUUUUGUUGUGGUUCGCGGCGCCGGACAUAUGGUUCCCUACGAUCAGCCCGAGGCUGCACUCACUAUGUUUAAAAAUUGUUGGGCGAAAGUUAUCAAAAUUAUACAAAUUGUCGCCAUCGGUUUAAUAACAGUAUAUUUAGUGAAAUUUUAUUGGCAAGUGUUUUCUCAACCCCGGGGUCCGUUCCCACUGCCUGUGUUGGGCAAUGUGUUGAUGUUCAGAAACAUAAAAGUACAUCCGAUUGUGUUUAUGAAUGCCUUGCAUAACACAUAUGGACCUGUGUUUACACUAUGGAUGGGUUGGACACCAAUGGUCAUCAUUGGUGACUACAAUUUGCUUAAAACGGCAUUUAAUUUUAAAAACAACGAUAUUAUGGGAAGACCAAAGACCAGGGUCAAUAAAAUAUUAGUAGAUCCCGGAUAUAAUUUAAUAUUAUCUAAUUACGGCCACACAUUUCUCAGCCUCAAAGGGGUAGCGCUCUCGGCGGUCAAAAAAUUUACCACAAGUGAAAUGUUGUCUGAUUUGGUGAACGAUGUCGUCGACGACACCGUACAGACCAUGAAGAAGACACACCCAAUUGGCACACCAUUUGAUCCCAAGAGAUAUUUUACGUCAAGUGUAAUGACAAUACUCGCGUCAAUGGUUUACGGCAAACGAUAUCAAUUUGGAGACAAGGAAUUAAUGUUUUACGAGAAAGGUUUAGAUUUUCUGCAAAACAAUGCCAAAAACGUUGUGCUCACGGAUCGCAUACCUGAUCACCUGAAGACCCAUUCCUCGGGUGUCGUCAAUGACUUCUGUGACGCUCUCAUUGAGGCUAAAGAGGAGGCCAUUCAGGAGGCAAAGGAUAACCUCAACGCCUUAACUGAUGCCAACCUAUCACUUGCAAUUAUGGACUUAUUUGCUGCCGGAAACGACACAACACAAUAUACUAUGCGAUGGAUUCUACUAUUGAUGGCAAACAACACAGAAAUGCAGAUUCAGAUGAGGGAUGAGAUCGAGUCUGUGAUCGGCGAUAGAGUGGCCACUAAUGAAGACAAAAAUCAAUGCCAUUUUGUUAACGCUUUUAUUGCGGAGACACUUCGGUAUAGAGUGGUCGCACCCUUUGAUAAAUAUAAAAUAAAAAAUAUAACAAUGGUGUUUGGAAAUUUAUUGGCAAUUCAUAUGGACCCAAACCUAUGGCCAAAUCCCGAAGUGUUUGAUCCCAAGAGGUUUCUCACAAGUGAUGGUAAGUUCCGGUCAAACACCGCGGGCUAUAACCCCUUCGGUAUCGGACAUCGCGUAUGUAUUGGCGAAAAGCUGGCGCUCGCGGACCUGUUCUUCAUAACAGUGCGUCUCUUGAAGUCGACCAAUGACAUUACCACACACUCGCAAAUAAAGACAUGUUUAGUGUCGGCCGUAAAUGAAGAUGAGAUCCAAUCACUUCCCGGUCUCUCCGAAGCCAUUAAUUUUAAACAAUAUUCAGGAUAUCUAUCGAUAGGCGACGGAAAGCAUUACUUCUAUUGGUUUGUCGAGAGCCAGAAGGACCCGAAGACAGCACCGGUAGUGUUAUGGCUGAACGGAGGGCCCGGUUGUAGUUCAUUGUUUGGUAAACUCCAAGAGAACGGACCCUUUAAGGUGACCCCCAAUGGACUGAACCUCACUCUAAACCCCAACGCCUGGAAUAUUGAGGCAAAUGUUGUAUACUUUGAAUCUCCGGUCGGAAUCGGAUUC